AGCUGCUGCUCCAACCAACACCCACCUCCCGGCGCCGAGCUCCCUCCCUAUAUUAAGCUCAUCGUCCCUAGUGUUCCUCCCUCCUCAUUCUCAAUCCAGCACUUAAUUACUGACGGAUAUAUCUGUAAGGAUAAAUAAAAUCGGAAUCUUGCGAUCAGAAGAAAGAUGAAGUUCGGCAAGCGGCUCAAGAAGCAGAUCGAGGAGAGCCUGCCGGAGUGGCGGAGCCAGUUCCUCAACUACAAGGAGCUCAAGCGCCGCGUCAACGCCGUCUCCUCCCCGGCGCCGACCCCCGCCGCCGAGGCCGACUUCCUCACCCUCCUCAACGCCGAGGUCGACAAGUUCAACGCCUUCUUCCUCGAGCAGGAGGAGGAGUUCGUCAUCAGGCAGAGGGAGCUGCAGGAGAGGAUCCAGCGCGCCGCCGAGGCCAAGCCUUCGCCGGCGGCGGAGGCCGAGAUGGCGCGCAUCCAGCGGGAGGUCGUCGACUUCCACGGCGAGAUGGUGCUGCUCCUCAACUACAGCAGCAUCAACUACACGGGGCUCGCCAAGAUCCUCAAGAAGUUCGACAAGCGCACCGGCGGCGUGCUCCGGCUCCCCGUCAUCGCGGGGGUGCUGCAGCAGCCCUUCUUCACCACCGACCUCAUCUCCGAGCUCGUCAGGGACUGCGAGGCCAUGAUGGAGGCCGUCUUCCCGCCCUCCGCCGUCUCCGCCGCAAGCAGGGACCUCGAGGAGCGCCAGGCGCUCGCCGCCGCCGAGCAGAGCAUCUUCCGCAACACCGUCGCCGCGCUGCUCACCAUGCAGGAAGUCCGCAGCGGCAGCUCCACCGUCGGCCACUUCUCGCUGCCGCCCAUGACGCCGCUGCCGGAGUCCGACUGGCUCGCACAGUCCGUCCAGCCGCCGCCGUCGCCCCUCAUCCCCACGCAGUGAUCGAUGAUAUCUGGCGAUGAACCGCUGCCCCAUGUCCAUGGAUUACACCACAACAAAUUGAUAUAAUUGCGGUGCUAAAUUAAAUUAAUUUGAGGCGACCGUUGGGAUUUUGUUUUUUUGUCGCGAAAUGCGCUGCGGUGUUGUAGAUGGGGCUGAAAAGGCAGAUUAUGUGUAAUUAUCAACUGUAAUAGCUCUCUCUCUGUUUUUCCUUUUCUCUAGGUGUGUGCUCUUGUCUUACUUUUACUGACUAGGAAGAGUAAAUAAUGUAACAAGAUAGCAGGAUCAAUCAGCAUUGCUCUUGCAGUGAAAUUUUACUCGGAAAUCAGAUACGUACUCUAUCAUUCUUGAUGGUUUGCUCAA